AUGUCGGACUACGAUUCAUUUGACCGCAACAUGCGAGUUUCUGUUCAGCGCAACAGAGAAAUCAACGACGUUCGCUACUGCAAUCUCAUGCUUCCUCGCAGCGGCCCAGACUCUCCGGGGCCUCAUUCCGAUGUGAAGGGACUAAUGUCAUGGCCGCGUAUCUGCGGCGUCUUGACCGACGAAGAGAUUGCUCACACGAUGGAGACAGACUCAUCAUGGACGUCUAAGCCGCGCGGCUGUCGACUGCGCAUUACCUUCACAGAUGAGAACUCUGAUAAUGACUCUGAUGAUCUUUUGGACGAGGAGGAUAAGAGGGGAGAUUGGGAAUCGCGGGAAGUUCCUGGCAAAAACAGGAAGAGAGCUGAUCUGACCUCGGUCGACCCAAUCGUGUGCCUGGAUGCGAAUGGUGUUGGUACCUCAUAUAUGCUGAGCUUGGGGCUGCUGAUCAAGACGCCAUCUCCCAGCCGGGUGACGCAGGUGGUGCUGGAAGAGAAUACACAGAGGACCCUUGUGCAGGUGCCACCAGUGUGGACGAACGACAGCUUUAUCACACUCGCCAAAGUGUUCAGUAUCAUUGCUAUCGCACUAGAGCGUAUAGAGUUCCUUGGCAUCCACUCGGAGAUGGGAGAAGCGCUAAAAAAAGCAAGGUUAGAGAUUCAGGAAGAACUCUUGAGAAGUCUGGAGGCUGAAAAGAACGAUACCAAUAAACUGCAGAUUGCAGCACCCGUGCUGCCGUUUCUGCCACUUGAUCAACUUUGCGGUGGCAGUAAACCUCUGAGCUUGGAUAGUUUACCAGGGCUCGUCUCAAGGGUUGUGCCUUAUUAUGCCGUGGCACCAAGGGUGAAGGUCCAUAAAGGCUCAUGCGGAUGUCUGCUACCCGGGGGACUGGCAGAAGCAGACAAGGGCGCUGGUAUCUCUGAGGACAAAACUACUCCAAGGAGAUUUUAUGACGCCUUGCUCGGUAGCGAGGCCGAUCUCAAAGACAAGAUAGUGGCAAGACCGGUGGAUGAACCCGUGGAGAGCUACAUAGCACUCUCAUACCCUUGGAACUCGUACAAUUCACAAGAUCUGGAAAGGAUCAUUGGAAUAGUCCAUGAGGUAUUGAAGUGCCGCUACUUCUGGGUCGAUCGAUGGUGCAUAGACCAAGACAGCUACGAGGACAAAGAAACCGAGGUGCCCAAGAUGAAGGACUACUACUCUAGCGCUGAGUACACUCUGAUCCUUCCUGGCAUGACAUUCCCACUUGGACUUGCACAGCUGAAGACCGAAGGCCCCAAAGUUCGAGUAUACACUCCCGAGCUAGUUCAGCAGGUCAAGCAGACAUGGGAGACCUGCGAGUGGAGAAAGCGCUGCUGGACGUUGCAGGAAGCCAUCAUGAGCAAGCAUUGCCAUGUCGACAAGAAAACCUUGGUGGCCAUGGCAGCGACGAUAGCAGACCCAACAGAGGAAUCUGUAUAUCAGAGAGCAAUAGUCAGAUGCUCCAGUCAUGGCACCAUACCAGAAGCGAAUGCCUGCAAGCGCCCUUUGGCAGUGCUGCUGGACAAGGUGCGUGGGCGAGAAGCGACUCUAGAGCUGGAUGAAUACUACAGCCUCUUCUCCAUGGCAUCAGAUGAGCUUCCCGCUGUAGAUUACAGAAUCGACAUUGUUCAGCUCGUGGAGAGAAUCUUGGGUACUGGCGCUCUAGGAGCCAAUAUCCUUUUGACAAGUACUAGGCGAGACAGUGUCGUCAAUAGGAGUUGGGUGCCUAGUAUUUGCGCCAAGCGACAGUAUUCAAUGAUGGGAGAUGGUAUAAACGCGGCGCAUACACACAUCUCUGAUGGUGUAAUGGUCGUUGCUGCAUUUUCGGUUAGGAUGAAGAGUGCAGAUGAUGACAGCAGCGACUACUUUGCUGAGGGCACCAAGAUUUACAUGGUGUAUUCCUACCCAGCAGACAAGCCCUUUGAUGUUGACAUGGACUUUACUAUACGGCGCAGACUGAAGAAAGCGAGCCACUAUCUCUUCAUACAGCCGGUACAGUGGGAUUUCUCAGUGUUCACCAGUGGUUUAAUACUAUUGGCCACUGAGGAAAAGAAACCAGGAGAACACCGCGUGAUGGAUGCUACAAUCAUGGAUAACAUGACACAGCAUACAUUUCUGCAAAACCGCCAUUUUGGAGAUGGCAAACCAUUUCGUCUUGUCUAA